AAAUAGCGGAAAACUAUAAUUUUUUUUGACUUUUUGAGAAAUUCAUAAGAAUAAUAGAAGAAGAGCGAAAAAGGAACAACCUUGGUGAAAUUGCGGAUUUCGCAAAUUCAAAAGUGUAAUAAAGAUAAACAGAGCAAAAACCAUUAAUGGCUUUCAUCGAUACCAACAAUAAGACAGGACACAACCAUCUUCGUCUCCUGCCGUCUUAAUUUCGUAUCUUGGUAAUCUGCGUUUCCUCUUCCCCGCAGCCUCGAUUUUUUUCUUCAAUCUCUUCUUGUGAAUCUGAAGCAAAACCUCCACAUCUCGAACGCCACCGCCAAGAAAAUUUCGCCCGGUGUAAAAUUUCAAAGUAUUGUGAAGAAUCAAGGUGCCUGAGAUAACACGAAAAUGGGCUGGGGGAAAGAGAGAUGCUGGCAAUUUUCAGCUGACUGGGAAUGAAACUAGUCUCCAUAGUUCACAAUUGCAACCAGACCAAGUGGCUGCUAAGUUUUGUGAGAAGAACUAAGAUCUAGAGGAGAGAGGAUUUUACUCGAUUGGUAAUAGAAAUAAAGAGAGUUUUGAGGUAGGUUUUUGACUAUCCAUGGCUCCUGGUGGCAGUGCUUUGAAAGAAGCCCUAGAAUCUAACUCGACAGGCUUAGACUAUGAGGUUAAGAUGGCUAAAGUGGAGGCCAAUAGCAAACCAGCAAAAUCAGGUAGUGGCUCCAUUGGAAAAUAUGGGAUCCAUUCGAGCAACGGUGUUUAUGAGCUCCUCGAAUGUCUGGUUUGUACAAAUCUGAUGUAUCCUCCAAUCCAUCAGUGCCCUAACGGCCACACACUGUGCUCAAGCUGCAAGCUGAGAGUGCAGAACACGUGCCCUACAUGCCGUUACGAGCUUGGCAACAUAAGAUGCUUGGCUCUUGAGAAGGUUGCGGAAUCACUGGAAGUUCCAUGCCGGUACCAAAGCUUAGGGUGUCAUGACAUUUUUCCAUACUACAGCAAGCUCAAGCACGAGCAGCAUUGCAGGUUUCGAUCCUACAACUGUCCGUACGCUGGCUCUGAGUGUUCGGUGACGGGUGAUAUCCCAACCCUUGUUGACCAUCUCAAAGAUGAUCAUAAAGUCGAUAUGCAUGAUGGUUGCACCUUCAACCACCGUUAUGUGAAGUCAAACCCUCACGAGGUUGAGAAUGCUACAUGGAUGCUUACGGUCUUCAACUGUUUUGGAAGACAAUUCUGCUUACAUUUUGAGGCGUUUCAGCUGGGGAUGGCACCGGUGUACAUGGCGUUUCUACGGUUCAUGGGAGACGAGAACGAGGCGAAGAAGUUUAGCUACAGCUUGGAAGUUGGAGCUCACAGCCGUAAACUGACAUGGCAAGGGAUUCCGAGAAGCAUCAGAGACAGUCACAGGAAAGUCCGUGACAGUCAGGACGGGCUCAUCAUCCCUAGAAACCUGGCUUUGUACUUCUCCGGCAGUGACAAAGAAGAGCUCAAGUUGCGAGUCACCGGACGGAUUUGGAAAGAAGAAUAGCUGAUUGAUAAUGAUAAUGAUGAUUCAUGAUAUGCCAAAGCAAAAUGGGAAAUAAGAAGAGAAGAAAGAGAUAAGCUCUGUUGAUUGAGAUUGAAAAACGGAUGAUGUACAUAGCAGCAGUCUUGAGAGCUCUUCUUCAUCAUGUGUGACAAAUUUUCUGGGGUUUUAUUCAACUGUUUUUUGUUCAGUUAGCUAUGAGAUUAUUAUCUCCCAUGAUCGGGUUGAUAUAUUCUGCUGUUUGCAAUAUUACAAACUCUUGUCUUGUAAUUUUCCUGAUUUGUUGGAAAAAAAUAAAGAGACAAAGAAGAUCGAGUUUUUUUUUCUUCUUUAGGUUCUGUUCUUUGGAUCAUAAUUGUUUUCAAUCUUGUUUUAUCACA